GCGAAUGGUGGGUUCCCGGAUGUUAGCUAGCCGUCGAGAGGAAAGCGAACGGGAGAAAGUGGAGAAGCCGAAGCGAGGGUCGAUAGCGACCGACACAUCGGCCGGGCUGAAGUGGGUUUAACCCAGGACGAACGCGCAGAACGUCCCAGCACCAGGGGCCGGAGGAAGGAGCCGCCCCUGGUGAAGAGGAGGUGGAAGGGCUGGUGGGGACCGUUGUUCCAGCGCGAACCCGGACCGGUCCCGCAUUUAACACCCGGGACCCCAGAAGCCUUGUGGGUCUAGAGGACCCCCUCUACACUCGUCCCUCUUCUUCCACCCAUUGUGCCCUUCCAGCGCCCUCAGUCCUCCCCCAGCAGUCGCCAUGACGUCAGAGCUGGAGAGCAGCCUGACCUCCAUGGACUGGCUACCCCAACUAACCAUGCGGGCAGCCAUCCAGAAGGCGGACGGCCAGGGUGGCCACGGGCCGGGAGCGGCCAAGAAGGGUGCCCUGCUGGACCCUAGCACCACGCUGGACCAGGAGGAGGCACAGCAGCACAAGGAUGGCAAGCCACCUUACAGCUAUGCCAGCCUCAUCACCUUCGCCAUCAACAGUUCCCCCAAGAAGAAGAUGACCCUUAGUGAGAUCUACCAGUGGAUCUGUGACAACUUCCCCUACUACAGGGAGGCAGGCAGCGGCUGGAAGAACUCAAUUCGGCACAAUUUGUCACUAAACAAGUGUUUCCUCAAAGUGCCUCGCUCUAAAGAUGACCCAGGAAAGGGGUCCUACUGGGCAAUUGACACAAACCCGAAGGAGGACACACUGCCUACUCGGCCGAAGAAGAGGCCGCGAUCUGGAGAACGGGCCUCCACACCAUACAGCCUGGACUCCGAUUCCCUGGGAAUGGACUGUAGAAUCUCUGGAAGUGCCUCUCCGACGCUGGCAAUCAACACUGUGACUAACAAGGUAGCAUUGUACAGCCCCGAGCAGGAUGGCAGCGACAGUCCUCGCAGCAGCCUUAACAACAGCCUGUCUGACCAGAGCCUGGCAUCGGUCAACCUGAACAGCGUGGGUAGCGUGCACAGCUACACCCCGGUCACCAGCCACCCGGAGCCAGUGUCCCUCCAGCAGCCGCCCCCCCAGCCCCAGUACAGCAUGCCAGAGCGGGACAAGCAGCUCCUAUUUUCCGACUUUGAAGAUCUCAGUGCCUCCUUCCGCAGCCUUUACAAGUCCGUCUUCGAGCAGUCCUUCAGCCAGCAGGGUCUGAUGGGCAUGCCCUCGGAAUCUACCCAGCAGACCCACACCUCCUGCUCCUACCAGCACACCCCCAGCAGCAGCAUCAGCACCCACCCCCACAGCGGACAGAACAACCUCACGAACAGCAUUGCCAGCGGUGGCGGCCCCGUGCCCCUGUCUCACUCCGCCCACAACUCGCCCCAUGGGCAGCACCUCUCCCACACCCAGCAUCCGCAACAACACCCCACCCACACCCAGCACCCUUCUCAGCACACACAGCACUCUCAGCACCCUUCUCAGCACACACAGCACUCUCAGCACCCUUCCCAGCACACACAGCACUCUCAGCACCCUUCCCAGCAUGCACCGCACUCUCAGCACCCUUCUCAGCUCCCGCAGCAGCACAGUCAGCACCCCUCCCAACAGCAGCAGCAACAGCAGCAGCACCAGAGUCUUUCGCACCAGCCCCAUCCACCCCAGCAGCAGCUAUCCUGUACCACAGGCCACCUUGCAGACUGGUACCCCAAUCUUGAUGCACUGAAAGAGAGCUGCCGCAUUGCCAGCAGCUACAACUGGGCGGAUGUGGACCUGUCGCCUUUCCAAGGAUUGAAAGAGAGCAUGAGGCAGGCAGAGCUCAAUAACUGGUCCCUGGAGCCCACGCAGAUCGCAGACCUCUGCUCAUCCAUCAACCAGUUCUUUGCCCGCACUGGGGUCAUCCAGCCGCAGGGAUCCGUGCAGCCUCCUGUCUGUCACAGCUCUAUGCACCCCAGCAAGCCCAGCCAGCACAUCAACACAGGAAACAUGUACAUGGACUCCAGACAGAAUAUGCCUCCACUCAUGGGGCCUCCAGGCUAUCCACACAUGCCCCCCAUGAGCAGCGCUGGCCCCACCAUGACAGGACACCAUGCACAAAUGAACCAGCAGCACAUGAUUUCUCCUGGGAAUUUCCAGAUCCGGCGUAUGCCCGCCGACGACAUCCAGGACGACUUUGACUGGGACUCCAUUGUGUAGGACCCCCCCCCCCCCUUCUCCCCUGGCACAGCGUGGCACAUCGUGGCGUGGCACAUGUGACCUGAUUUAAGCAGGGCAGGGAAGAGGAGUCAUGACAUUCGGAGGGGAGGGGCGUGGCAGGGCUGUCCGCAUGCCAGGGAAGGAGACAUUCGGGGACGGGACACUUCAAGGUGUUUUCAGUGAGACAAGCCUUGGCGUUCUGGUCUGUCUUUCUACUAAACAAACGAAAAGUUACAUUGAAGACAAUCAUAUUUAGUAGGACACAUUUAAAUGAUGGCUUUUGCACUUGUCACCAGACAAGUAGUACAUAUUGUUGUCAAAAUACAGCCUUCUGUCCCCGCUCCAGAUCCUGGCUGUUACCCCCUAACCUUCCCAAUGUGUCCCUUUGGCAAAGCUCCCCUAGCUCCUUAACUGUUGUGUUAUUUGGGCGCCUUGUUCAGCUUGUUAUCAUUCUUGUGUUGACUGACUUCAGGCCUCAGCUGCCACUUGGACAGGGUUGUCUCUCUUACCUACAGUUUUUUUUUUUUUUUUUUUUUUUUUGCUUUUCCCCCCUUGUCGACACGGGCUGCUUGUCAGGAAGGGAUGGCAGUAGGUAGUGUGUGCCAUUUUUCUGUGACACGCACGAAAGCAGCCCAGCGCGUGGGUGUCCAUGGUGACGAGCGAGGUGCAUCAUCUCCCAGAGGCACAGUCCAGUCACUGGGGUGAUAGGACUCCUGGGAGUGCUUGUAAUGGCCUGCUUCACUUCUGUCCCACAAAUACCAGGCCUCAAAGGUGUAGAACUUGUGUGUAUCGCAGCCUUGACUUUGUAUCAGAUGUGCAAUGUUGGGCACAUGAUCAUUGAACUCAGAUGCUUCUCUAAGAUGGCGAUCUGUUUGCAAGUUAUAAAGUUCAGUAGAAUACGGAAACUUCAAAGUACUUGCAGUAUUUGUGCUCGUGUAUUUUACGCAGUCCGUAGGUUAUCGUUCUCAUUUCAUCAUCAGUGUUUUGCAACUUGCGAUAGCAGUGCGGGGUGCGGCCUCAAGAGAAUUUGGACACUUAAAAAAAAGAAAAAAAAAAGAAAAAAAAAAUGAAAUGUAUUUUUUUCUAUAUAUUUCUAAUGUGGUGAUUGUUGCUGAAUGUCUGCAAGUACAAUCUGCCCCCCUCCCCUUCUCCCUCCUUCAUCGCUGGGUUCUCAAUGGCCCCAUGCAGCUCGUUCUUUCUGUUGGAGAUCCCGUCUCUGUCUUUCUUUGUGCAGAGACAGCGUUUACACGGUAUGUCCCGCCUGCCAGACGCUGGGCAGGACAAACGCAGGGUGAUCUGAUAUUUGCACAAUUACAGCCCAGGCUCAACCCUGCAUAAUUCUCUCGUAGGGCUGAGAUUUUGAAAUUGAGCGCCAUCUAAUGUCUGCUCUUUUGUGUGAAAUUUCAAGGAAAAAAAAUGGAUACUAAGCAGUAUAUUAAGCAUAAUAAAAUUUGACUUAUGGUAUUAAAUAAAUUCAUACAAGUUUAUAAUAAAUUUUAACUUUGGGUUCUUGAGAUGUGAUAUAUCCCUUGUGAAUAAUUCUCAUAUCAGAGAUGGUUUUGGGAAACCUGGGAUUUUUAAGGUACGCAGCUACAGUGAAAUGUAUUGGUAAAUAUGUAGUCAUUGUUGUAUAUUAAUUGGGUAAUCUCUGACAUAUCAGACCUUGGGGAGGAUUUACAAGACUGUCGAGUCAAAGGUGUUUCUCACAGGAGAUAGAUCUUCAUACCUGAAUCACUGUGUGAAUGUGGGCCAACUUCCUUUGCCUUAUUAUCCCCCAGCCAGAAGAAAAACAGCCCAGAGGGUGUGUAGGGAGCACCAAGAAGGGGGUAUGAAUGGAUCUGUGUGUGUGCAUGUGCACACAUGUAAAUGCUGACAUGGGGCUAGGAAAAGACUUUGCAAUCCCUUGCAACUUCUUGUUAAAUGAGCACAAACAUGAGGAGGUUAAGAGCCUGGAACACAUGUAUUUACAGGGUUGCUUCAGAGCAGUACCAAGCACUUUGUCUUAUCGGUGCUCUGCCACAUGAUGCACUUGUGUGUGAGACGGUGUGAGGCCACCGGGAUGAUCCGUUUCCCGUUUUUUCUACCACGGCCUGUUCCUCCUCCUUCCUAUCCCUUUGUCUCAUGCACACUAAGGCUCCACCUGUCUGUGUUGCCUGCAGCGGCUUGUCGAUCAGCGAUCAGGUCAAAAAUGGUCCAUUGUUCGGCAUCCAGCUGUACUCUGAUCCAGCAGUAUUUCCUCAUCCUGGGCUUCUCUGUUCAACGCUGUUUGAGCUAUUCAUCCUCGUUUUUAUUUCCAUUUUUUUUCCUGUUAUAAAAAUGCAAAUACACACAGGUUUCGAGUAUUUUUAAAUUGCCGCUUCUUUUAGGUUUACUUCUGAAAACCAUCAUGGAGUUACUGGACUGGGUUUCGUUUCUGAUGCAACAAAUUAGAGGGAUGUUCUGCAAAGUUGCUGUGACACUAGUGAAAACUUACACAAAAUAUAAACUGUGGAUAUGGCUUUAUGUGUGAAACCCAUCCACAUGAUGUACAUGUGUUUUAAAUGUUUUGUUUCCUUCUUCAAAACAAAUGCAACGGUUGAAGAUUUCAAUCCUGCUUGUUUAUGCGAUGCUACAUUUGCCUUCAGCUGGAUGGUCACAAAGGAGUGACGUCCCUGGGUCUUCAACACCCGAGUCUGCAUUUUCUAAGCUGUCUCAUGUUUUAUUAUUUUACCAAUCUUGCCAUAGAGAGGAAAAAAAAGCACAUUGUGUUACUCCAGUGUAUUUUAGGUUUUGUCUGCGUGUGUGUCUCUGUGUGUGUGGGGCCUCUUCUCUUGCUAAAAGUCUCUUUUCUCUCCCGCUUAGCGCACAGGCUGCGUGAUGCUGCAGCGUAUGUUGGAAAUGCUCGCAAGACACCCAGUGCAGGCAUCCCUUCGCCAAGGCCGUCAGCUGUCUGCUCACAAGCGUUUAGUUUCACAUAAUGUGACGUCUUGAAAGCUGCCGCCGUCCCCAAAACAAGGCAGAUUUGUGUCAGCGGGUCCGAUCGGAGGUGCCUGGGAGCAGUCGUUCUAGGUGGGAAGCGAUGCGUCAGUCCUGUUCUGAUGAGACAAGUGUGCGUUGAAAGGAACUGCUUUUGUGUUGAAGCUUCCUGGCGUUCAUCCCGGUGAUAAAAGUAACUGUGAAAACACCAUCCGACACCAAUCUUAACAGGGAAAUUACCGUGAAGUCAAGUGAACGGUUACCACGCAUGACAAAAAGUGCAUUGGUGCUGCACAAAGCUGUUUUUCAAGUGCAUAACUGAUGUUUUUGAAGUUAACAUUUGACAAUAGAUUAGUUGAUUUGGGCUAAUUCAGUAACAUUUUGAUCCGACUGCUCAUGGACAAUGAAGAAAAGCUGUCCAGUUGAGGCCAUUUUCUCCUGGGCUUUCAAUAGGUAUCAGUGCAGCAGACAGUUUAGUUUUAAAGCGUGGUGCUUAUUUGUACUCGGGUUUAGAUGUUAGGAUAAUACUUCGUCUUUUUCAGCCGCCCCUCACAGAGAGAUUUUUAAGAUGCUAAUUGUGACUUCAAAUGGAAAAAGUUCAGAAUUGUCGCUCAAAGAAAAAUGUACGCAUACAUAGGCCACCGUUGGAGAUGGUAGUACAGUGGAACCUCUGAACUUGAACGAGUUGUUAGAGGAAAAAAAUGUCUCAGAACUCGAACGAAAUUUCGGAACUCGAACCGAUGAACCUUUCAGGCUAAAACCUGUUGGACACGUGACGCGUCUUUUUUCCCCAUAAAACAAAGGGUGCGUAUGACGCGUAUGAGUCAGUCUUACCUGAAAACUCAUGGAGUGAACAUCUCGCUGAAUUCUGCUGUGAAUUUCCAUGUGUUUUUGUGGGGUUUUUUUUUUAAUAUCUUAUAUUAAAAGCCAUCAUGGGUUCUAAGAAGGUUACUAGUGAAAGCAAUUAGCCAAAGAGUUUGUGAUGUUUACACUAAAGUUUGUUACACCGUACAAUGAGAUUCUUACUCUGUGAAUCUUCUCAGCAGCCUGUGACAUAA